GAUCGAAAAUAAAAAAUGUCUUGUUGUGGAUUUUCCUGCGUCGUUUACACAUUGGGUGUCAUCCUUGGCCUUGUCUUGCUCAAGAAGGUUGUUGGUUUUAUCUAUGCUCACUUCAUCUAUAAGAAUUCAACUAAUUACAGAGGAAAGAAUGUUUUGAUUACUGGUGCUACUUCUGGUAUCGGAGAAGGAUUUGCUCAUGAAUUCAGUAGACGUGGAGCCAACGUUAUUGUUGUUGCCAGAAACGAAGAAAAGGGACAAAACUUGAAGAAUACUCUCGAAACCAAGUAUAAGAAUCAAGUUUCUAUUGCUAUUGUUGAUUUCGAAAAGGCUUCAAGAGAAGAAAUCAAACAAGCCUUGUUGAAUGUUGUUGGUAACAACAAGGUUGAUGUUUUGGUUAACAAUGUUGGUAUUAAUAAUACUAACAAUUCUCCAUUCCCAUUCACUGAACAACCAGAAAGUGAUUUUGAUAAGCUUAUCAAGGUUAACCUUCAUUCAGUUUUGAGUGUUACCAGAGCUAUUAUGCCAAUCAUGAAUGAAAGAGGUACUAUUUUGAAUCUUUCUUCAUAUACUGCUCAAUAUCCAACUCCAUUGAUGACUGUUUAUGCUGCUACCAAGUCAUUCAUUAAUGCUUUCAGUCUUGCUUUGAAAUAUGAAGCUCCAAAGAUGGAAGUUUAUGGUCUUUCUCCAAUGUGGGUCAAGUCUGACAUGACUAUGGUUAGAAGAGCUACUUUGAUGAAGCCAGAAGCUACUGUUUAUGCUAGAUCAUGUGUUGAUAUUAUUGGUUGUCCAUUCGGUGUCAGCUAUGGUUUGACUUCUGCUUACUGGCCACAUGAUUUGGUUGUCAGUUUGUUGGCUUUGGUUCCUGAAUCAUUCUUGAUGAAGCAAAUGAAGGGUUUCCUUUCUGGUCUCAUGAAGAAGAUGCAAAAGAAGGCUGAAGAAAAGAAACAAUAAACUAUCUCCAUAACUUCUCAAA